AUGGGGAAAAUUGUGAGGGCGUAUGGAUGGGAGGAAUCAGACGAGCAGAGAUUCUUGACCAUCAACGCGCUGGCGGAUGAGGUGUCGAUACAUCAGACGAUACACAACCCAGGGCCAGAGCAGGAGAACAUCACUAAAGUGUACACGAGAAAGGGGUUCAACGGGAUCACGGCACUGGACUACUCGAGAACGUCACCCGGUAUCACUGCUGUGGGACAGGACGAUGGCUCUAUUACGUUGUUUGACAUUCUGUCUCCACAGUCGUCUCCAUUGGAGAUAAGGGUUGGUAAUAAGAGCUGCAAGAGUCUGUCGUUCAAUUCUCAAGGUUUAUUGGCAGUAGGGUGGGAUAGAACUAAGAACGAAGACGGUGUAAUGAUAUUCAACGUUAAUCAGUAUUCCAAGUUGUCGAACCAGGAUAUCACACAACCAACGUUCUCCUUUGUUCCCAAUGAAUCCAUAGUGUCGACGCAGUUUUACAACGAGACCAACUUAUUGGCGUCAAGUUCCAAGAUUAUCAGAGAUAUCGAUAUCAGAGUAUCGUCGCCAACCUUCCAAAUACCUUCGAAGACUGUGCACGGGAUCACACCGGAUCCGUUUAACCAUUUCUCAUUCGCAGGGUUUGCAGACGAUGGUACGGUCGCUAUUUAUGAUAGAAGAAAACUAUCAAGCUCGUCGUCGGAGCCCUUGUUGUCGUUUAACAAGCUACUGGGCGACACUACAAGGAAUAACAACAACUCUUGUUUCCGUUAUCACCCUUCAAGACGAGGUGAAUUUGCUACGUCCCAUGGAGGUGAACUCAUACGUAGAUGGCAGACUGGCGUAUCUCCUCAGGGGAAGCUUGAUUCAUUGUUCGUUGCAAGUGUCCAAGACGUUAGAACAAGGUAUGACCGUGUGAUCUCGUUUGACUACGCCAAUGAAGGAGGAAUGGAUGCUAUAAGUCUUGUCUGCAUGAGAUUAACCGGAUCUAUUUUCAAGAUGUCUGUUGUUGAAGCUCAAAGGUCGAUUGAUUUCAACUCGUUUAACGACAUUACGGUCACUGGUUCAUUGGGCACCUUUAUAGAGAGCGUUGAUGAGAGCACCAUGGAUAAAAUCGAAGAUUUGAAGAUCACUUACACUGUGGGAGAUGAACUAGUAACACAGAACAACCAUGAAGAGGUUAACUUUGUUGAUACCGAGUUUGAGCAUGAUGAGGAUGACGAGGAUGAAGAUGAAGAUGAAAUUGGUAGCUCACAGCAUGGUGACUUUUAUGAUGCUAGUGAAGUGCUCAGCAAAGACAUCAGUGUUAAGAUGCGAAGAAGGGCAUAUAUGGGAUAUGGAAUGGGCUGUGCUAAAAACGUUGAAAUAAUUGACAAUUUGAGUACCAUUGACAACAAUCUAUUCUUGAGGUCCACUUGGAGAUGGUUAGACAUCUCCCAGACCACAGCACAGAGCAAACUCAUGUCUGCUGGUGGAUUAGAUCUUUCAUAUGAAGGCGUGUUAGGUAUUUGGAAGGGCGUGGAGGGACUCUUGAAUCAAGACCGUUUUAAUAGACGCAACGUUACGCCUGAAGUCUUCAAGGAGAGCAUCCAGGAGAUCUUGAAGUCACGAAACACGAAAUCCAUGAUUGCUGUCAAGACCAACAAAGAGGCCCAACGGAAACUGUGUAUUAUCGUUGCAGGUUUUUACUACUCACCGGAAGAGUUGAACCAAGUGUUUAACCGACUGACAUCCUCUGGAAGUCAUACAAAGGCAGCUGCAUGGGCAGUGUUCUUUGGCGAUGUUUCACGUGCAGUCCAGAUCCUCUCUGCGACAAAGAACAACAGAUUGAGGCUGAUGGCCACUGCUAUAUCUGGGUAUCUGGUCCAAAGAGAAUCUGACGAUGACAAUCUAUGGAAGGACCAAUGCAGAGGGUUGAGUAACGAGUUGGAGGAUCCUUAUUUGAGAGCUAUCUUUGCCUACAUAGCAGAUAAUGAUUGGUGGGGAGUCCUAGAUGAAACCUCCUUGCCAUUGAGAGAACGUGUUGGUGUGGCACUGCGAUACUUGCCUGAUAAGGAACUCACGAGCUUCUUGAACAAAGUUGCCUCAAGGUACAUCUCCACGGGAGAAUUGGAAGGUCUGAUCUUGACCGGCAUUACACCUCGUGGUAUGGAUCUUAUGCAAUCGUAUGUCGAUCGAACAAGCGAUAUACAAACAGCAGCGCUGAUUGCCAGCUUUGGAGCACCAAAGUACUUCAAGGACGAGAGGGCCGAAAGCUGGGUCUUCUACUACCGCCAACUACUCAACAGCUGGGGAAUGUUCGCCGCAAGGGCCAAGUUCGACGUGAUGAGAGCACAGGUGUCCAAGAGAUCCACCGGGGAGAUGUCCAUCAGCGUCAUCGGUUCACAGGCACAGCUACAAUGCGUCCGCUGUAAUAAGAACAUCUUCAAACCAGACGCCAAUAAGAAGCCCAGCACCCGUGACACCUCUACAAAAUCACACUCCGUCUGUCCCCACUGCGGUGCAGCCUUCCCAAAGUGUGCCAUCUGUCUACUCCCACUAGGCAGACCUCUGCCUAGGGACAUGUCACAGUACGAGAGGGAAGACGAGACCAGGAUGCACGAGUUCAAGGAAUGGCCCAGUUUCUGCCUCACGUGCAACCACGGCAUGCACGCUGGCCACGCAGAGGCCUGGUUCACAAAGAGCGUCAUAUGCCCCGUGCCUGGGUGUUCUUGUAAGUGUAAUAGCAAGUGA